AAAGCAAGAGAGAUCAGAUUGUUGCUGUGUCUGUAUAGAAAGAAGUAGACAUAGGAGACUCCAUUUUGUUCUGUACUAAGAAAAAUUCCUCUGCCUUGAGAUUCUGUUAAUCUAUAACCUUACCCCCAACCCCCUGCUCUCUGAAACAUGUGCUGUGUCAACUCAGAGUUAAAUGGAUUAAGGGCGGUGCAAGAUGUGCUUUGUUAAACAGAUGCUUGAAGGCAGCAUGCUCCUUAAGAGUCAUCACCACUCCCUAAUCUCAAGUACCCAGGGACACAAAAACUGCGGAAGGCCGCAGGGACCUCUGCCUAGGAAAGCCAGGUAUUGUCCAAGGUUUCUCCCCAUGUGAUAGUCUGAAAUAUGGCCUCGUGGGAAGGGAAAGACCUGACCGUCCCCCAGCCCGACACCCGUAAAGGGUCUGUGCUGAGGAGGAUUAGUAUAAGAGGAAGGCAUGCCUCUUGCAGUUGAGACAAGAGGAAGGCAUCUGUCUCCUGCCUGUCCCUGGGCAAUGGAAUGUCUCGGUAUAAAACCCGAUUGUAUGCUCCAUCUACUGAGAUAGGGAAAAACCGCCUUAGGGCUGGAGGUGGGACCUGCGGGCAGCAAUACUGCUUUGUAAAGCAUUGAGAUGUUUAUGUGUAUGCAUAUCUAAAAGCACAGCACUUAAUCCUUUACAUUGUCUAUGAUGCAAAGACCUUUGUUCACGUGUUUGUCUGCUGACCCUCUCCCCACUAUUGUCUUGUGACCCUGACACAACCCCCUUUUCUUUAAGCACCCACGAAUGAUCAAUAAAUACUAAGGGAACUCAGAGGCUGGCGGGAUCCUCCAUAUGCUGAACGCUGGUCCCCCGGGUCCCCUUAUUUCUUUCUCUAUACUUUGUCUCUGUGUCUUUUUCUUUCCUAAGUCUCUCGUUCCACCUUACGAGAAAGACCCACAGGUGUGUAGGGGCAACCCACCCCUACAUCUGGUGCCCAACGUGGAGGCUUUUCUCUAGGGUGAAGGUACGCUCGAGCGUGGUCAUUGAGGACAAGUCGACGAGAGAUCCCGAGUACAUCUACAGUCAGCCGUACGACAUUUGAAGUUCUACAAUGAACCCAUCAGAGAUGCAAAGAAAAGCGCCUCCACGGAGAUGGUAACACCAGUCACAUGGAUGAAUAAUCCUAUAGAAGUAUAUGUUAAUGAUAGUGUAUGGGUACCUGGCCCCACAGAUGAUCGCUGCCCUGCCAAACCUGAGGAAGAAGGGAUGAUGAUAAAUAUUUCCAUUGGAUAUCGUUAUCCUCCUAUUUGCCUAGGGAGAGCACCAGGAUGUUUAAUGCCUGCAGUCCAAAAUUGGCUGGUAGAAGUACCUACUGUCAGUCCCAUCAGUAGAUUCACUUAUCACAUGGUAAGCGGGAUGUCACUCAGGCCACGGGUAAAUUAUUUACAAGACUUUUCUUAUCAAAGAUCAUUAAAAUUUAGACCUAAAGGGAAACCUUGCCCCAAGGAAAUUCCCAAAGAAUCAAAAAAUACAGAAGUUUUAGUUUGGAAAGAAUGUGUGGCCAAUAGUGCGGUGAUAUUACAAAACAAUGAAUUCGGAACUAUUAUAGAUUGGGCACCUCGAGGUCAAUUCUACCACAAUUGCUCAGGACAAACUCAGUCGUGCCCAAGUACACAAGUGAGUCCAGCUGUUGAUAGUGACUUAACAGAAAGUUUAGACAAACAUAAGUAUAAAAAAUUACAGUCCUUCUACCCUUGGAAAUGGGGAGAAAAAGGAAUCUCUACCCCAAGACCAAAAAUAAUAAGUCCUGUUUCUGGUCCUGAACAUCCAAAAUUAUGGAGGCUUACUGUGGCCUCACACCACAUUAGAAUUUGGUCUGGAAAUCAAACUUUAGAAACAAGAGAUCGUAAGCCAUUUUAUACUAUCGACCUAAAUUCCAGUCUAACAGUUCCUUUACAAAGUUGCGUAAAGCCCCCUUAUAUGCUAGUUGUAGGAAAUAUAGUUAUUAAACCAGACUCCCAGACUAUAACCUGUGAAAAUUGUAGAUUGUUUACUUGCAUUGAUUCAACUUUUAAUUGGCAACACCGUAUUCUGCUGGUGAGAGCAAGAGAGGGCGUGUGGAUCCCUGUGUCCAUGGACCGACCUUGGGAGGCCUCGCCAUCCGUCCAUAUUUUGACUGAAGUAUUAAAAGGUGUUUUAAAUAGAUCCAAAAGAUUCAUUUUUACUUUAAUUGCAGUGAUUAUGGGAUUAAUUGCAGUCACAGCUACGGCUGCUGUAGCAGGAGUUGUAUUGCACUCUUCUGUUCAGUCGGUAAACUUUGUUAAUGAUUGGCAAAAAAAUUCUACAAGAUUGUGGAAUUCACAAUCUAGUAUUAAUAAAAAAUUGGCAAAUCAAAUUAAUGAUCUUAGACAAACUGUCAUUUGGAUGGGAGACAGACUCAUGAGCUUAGAACAUCGUUUCCAGUUACAGUGUGACUGGAAUACGUCAGACUUUUGCAUUACACCCCAAAUUUAUAAUGAGUCUGAGCAUCACUGGGACAUGGUUAGACGCCAUCUACAGGAAAGAGAAGAUAAUCUCACUUUAGACAUUUCCAAAUUAAAAGAACAAAUUUUCAAAGCAUCAAAAGCCCAUUUAAAUCUGGUGCCAGGAACUGAGACAAUUGCAGGAGUUGCUGAUGGCCUCGCAAAUCUUAACCCUGUCACUUGGGUUAAGACCAUCGGAAGAAUUUUCUGUCCACUUGCCGACUCUCAAUACUUCCAGGAUAAAAGCAGUGUUAUGAGAAUAAGGAGUGCAAAAGAAAAUCUGGAACUACAGAAAAUCUGCAGUUCUGCCCGUUCCCAGCUGUCUGAGGGCACCUUGGCCUUAAUUGCCAGCCCAGAAGAUUCAGCCCGCUCCAAAGGGCUGAUGAGAGCCAGAUUGCCUUAUAUCUGUGCUGGGGAGCACAGCAGCAACCAGCCACGUGUGACUACAGAGCACUGGAAACGUGGCCAGUCGGAAUUGUAA